UUCAAAGGAAGGAAGGAAGGACAACUCCCAGCUUCCCUCUCCCGCCCCACUCCCCCCCCCGCCCCCCCGCUCGGGCGGUCGGACCGGGCCAUGCCCAGGAAGGCGGCGGCGGCGGCAGCCCAGCAGAAGGGACUUUCCUGGCAGUCCGGCGACGAGGAGCGCGGUCUGUGAGUUUGCUUUGCUCCGGUUCAUGGUUCCUGCAAGCCCUCCAAGAGGCCGAACGCUGCGCCCCCUCCCCGCGCCCCGAAGAGCCUCCUGCGUUCUCUGGCCCCCGGGCCCGCUCCGCGCCGCCCGGGCUCCGGCCGCCGCAGCCCAGUGCCCUCUGCCCGCGGCGGUGGAUGGCAUGAUGGUGCGGGGAAGGCACCGCGGCCUUGGCCAGCUGAGUCGCGACGGCCGCGGGGGCGGCGGCAUCGGCAGCGGCGGUGGUAGCGGGCUCCCCAGCGGCAUGCCAGUGCCCCCCGGGCGCGAUGGCUAGCGGCAGCGCUGGGAAGCCCACUGGCGAGGCGGCUUCUCCGGCUCCAGCGAGCGCCGUCGGCGGGGCUUGCUCGCAGCCCCGGAAGAGGCUGGUGUCUGUCUGCGACCACUGCAAGGGCAAGAUGCAGCUGGUGGCCGACCUGCUGCUGCUGUCGAGCGAGGCGCGGCCCGUGCUCUUCGAGGGCCCCGCCUCCUCUUGUGCCGGUGCCGAGUCCUUCGAGCAGUGCCGGGACACCAUCAUCGCGCGCACCAAGGGGCUCUCCAUCCUCACCCACGACGUGCAGAGCCAGCUCAACAUGGGCCGCUUUGGGGAAGCGGGGGACAGCCUGGUGGAGCUGGGCGACCUGGUGGUGUCCUUGACCGAGUGCUCCGCCCACGCGGCCUAUCUGGCGGCUGUGGCCACGCCGGGCGCGCAGCCCGCGCAGCCGGGCCUGGUGGACCGCUACCGCGUGACACGCUGCCGCCACGAGGUGGAGCAGGGCUGCGCAGUGCUGCGCGCCACCCCGCUGGCCGACCUGACCCCGCAGCUGCUGCUGGAGGUGUCGCAGGGCCUGUCGCGCAACCUCAAGUUCCUGACGGACGCGUGCGCCCUGGCCAGCGACAAGUCCCGGGACCGCUUUUCGCGCGAGCAGUUUAAGCUGGGCGUCAAGUGCAUGAGCACGAGCGCGUCGGCGCUGCUGGCCUGCGUGCGCGAGGUGAAGGCGGCGCCCAGCGAGCUGGCGCGGAGCCGCUGCGCGCUCUUCAGCGGGCCGUUGGUGCAGGCGGUUAGCGCACUGGUGGGCUUCGCCACCGAGCCGCAGUUCCUGGGUCGCGCGGCGGCCGUGAGCGCCGAGGGCAAGGCGGUGCAGACCGCCAUCCUCGGCGGCGCCAUGAGUGUGGUGUCGGCCUGCGUGCUCCUGACCCAGUGCCUCAGGGAUCUGGCGCAGCACCCCGACGGGGGCGCCAAGAUGUCGGACCACAGGGAGAGGCUGAGGAACUCGGCCUGCGCCGUGUCUGAAGGCUGCACCCUGCUAUCUCAGGCUUUAAGGGAGAGGUCUUCGCCCAGGACUUUACCGCCAGUGAAUUCCAAUUCUGUGAAUUAGCACCCUCCCACCCUCAUCCCAUUCUUCCACCCCCCCACCCCCAGGCUAAAGGAAGAUACUUAUUCUCUGCCCCUCUCCAUUUAUACCAAAGAAAUCAAAAGUGAACUCCCCCACCCCAUGUUAAAUGCUCGAGAGGAAUCUUCCAGAAGGCAGGGCCAUGCAGACCAUUUACACGCGCACUCGCACUCGGAGGGCCCCCGGUGCCCAGCAGCCCACGCCAGGAGAUGGAAGAUGUGUCAUCUGCUGGGUGCGGUAUUACCCCUGCCCCCUACCCCGGCUCCUCUUCCGGAAUUCCUCCACUAAAUUUUAUUAUUAAUUGGGCAGGAAGGAGGUCAUGGGUUCAUUUCUUUUUUGGUCUUUUUUUUUUUUUUUCCCCUAAUUAAGAGAAAGGUUACCUCAGUUUUCACUCCUUAGACAUGGAUGUAGCUACCUUUUUUGUAUGUUGUUAUUUUUUUAAGCAGUCGUGAUGGGUUAGGCGUAUAAUUGGUGUGGAAAGAGUAUGACUUUGCCAUGUGAUUUGCAAAUGGGGGGAAAAGCUACUGUGAGUGUGUGUUUUAUUUUUUAAUUUACACUAUAGAAUGAUUUCCCCCCCGCCCCCAAUGUCAAGUUUUUACCUUGCAUGUACUGGAGUAUUUAUUUCAUCUAUUAAUAAAAUGUUAUGUUUCUCAGAUGGC